UUGGCUUGUGGCGGGGAGGCUGUAAACUCCGUAGAUGAUUUAACUCCUGAUUGCCUUGGUUGGGCUGGACUUGUAUACGAGCAUGUCCUUGGUGAAGAGAAGUAUACAUUUGUUGAAAAUGUGAAGAAUCCCCACUCUUGCACAAUCUUAAUCAAAGGGCCUAAUGACCAUACAAUUGCUCAGAUUAAGGAUGCUGUUCGUGAUGGCCUGAGGGCAGUGAAAAACACAGUUGAAGAUGAAGCUGUCAUCUUAGGUGCUGGAGCUUUUGAAGUUGCAGCCAGACAAUAUUUAGUGAAUGAGAAAACUGUUAAAGGGCGUGCUCAACUCGGUGUCGAAGCUUUUGCUGAUGCUCUUCUUGUGGUGCCCAAAACACUUGCUGAGAAUUCUGGCCUCGAUACACAAGAUGUGAUAAUUGCUCUUACGGGAGAGCAUGAUCAGGGAAAUGUCGUGGGACUAAAUCACAACACUGGAGAACCGCUUGAUCCACAGAUGGAGGGUAUCUUCGACAACUACUCUGUGAAGCGACAGAUUAUAAACUCAGGGCCUGUAAUUGCAUCUCAACUGUUGUUGGUCGAUGAAGUAAUUCGUGCUGGGCGUAACAUGCGGAAGCCAACCUAACCUUCAGCGUAUGUUUUUCUCCGCGUGAAGCUUCCCGUCUUGUCUUCAGUGAAUGAUUUGGUUGAAACCACCUUAAUGUAACCGACUGAGGGCAGUUGUGUCGUUGAGGAUUGUUAGAGGGAAUCUGAAUUUGCAUCUGCUCUGGGUUUUUUCUUAUGAGGAAUUUCUGUAAUAUAAACAUCUAGUGUGGCUAAAACUUUUCCAGGUUCGCAUUUUCCACUCGUUUUCGAGGUUGAAUCGGUUCAACUGGGUGGAAAAGAAUUAUGAUUCUGUUGGCCUCAGUUCUUGAAUUUUCAACAAUUAAUAGAAUUUUCGAGUUUUUACCA